AUGUUGGCUCUCAUCGCCUUUGGAGCAGCCAUUCUCGUUGCUGUGUACCGCUACGUCAUUCUUCCUGUGUUCGUCUCCCCAUUGUCGAAGAUACCAGCAGCUUGCCCGACCUCAUCAUUGAGCCCUGCUUGGAUAUUGUGGACGAGAUGGCGCGGCAGAGAGAAUGCCACUGUUCUUGCUGCCCAUGAGCGACUCGGUCCUCUGGUUCGACUAGGUCCCAACGAGAUAAGCGUAAACUGCGUGAAUGGAGGUAUCCGCACGGUGUACACUGGGGGCUUCGAAAAAGGCGAGUGGUACUCGAACGCCUUCUCUGCGUACGGUGGAGUACACAACAUGUUCUCCAUGGAGAAACGAGACGUACACUCAGCGCGCAAACGCAUGAUCAGCAACGUCUACGCCAAAUCCUCCCUGCAAGCUUCGCCAGCGCUUCGCGAAAUCAGCGAGACUGUCUUGUGUCGCCGAAUGCUUCCUCGAAUCGCCACUGCUCCUGGGGGUAUACUGGAAGCUUACGAGCUCUUUUCCGCUGUGACUUUGGACGUCGUGACUGCGUACAUCUUUGGCCUCGAGCAAGGAUCCAACUUUACGGACCACGCAGAGGUCGGUGCAAAGUGGCUCCACGACUACAAGAGUCGUCAGCCGUACCUGUUCUGGAUUCAGGAGAUGCCAAAUGUGUUCCAACUCUUCUCGAAGCUCGGUCUCGGUCAGUGGUUGAUCCCGGAAUGGGUGGGCGAAAAGAGCGCGGAUAUUGAGGAACAAUGCUUGGAGUGGUGCGAUGCUGCGGAGGCUGCUGUGGUGUCAGGGAAGGCUGCUGAAUCUGCUAGACAUCAUCCAACUGUUUAUGGUCAACUGCGAAGCAUGGUUAAGAAGCAGGAAAAGCUGGACAAGAUGGACACGGAGAAGCAGAACGAUCGCCUUACCCAAAAACAGAGGCUAGACAUAGCUUCUGAGAUGCUGGACCACCUGGCUGCUGGAUUCGACACAUCAGGGAUCACGCUGACUUACCUUGCAUGGGAGCUCAGUAGACCACACAACGCUGCGAUACAAUCAGCGUUGCGAGAAGAGCUCCUCACACUGAAUCCGCCGUUCUCGAUGACAGAAGUAGAACCUUCUACGCCCCUGCCAUCCGCAAAGGAUAUCGACGACCUUCCACUACUUCACGCAGUGGUAAUGGAGACUCUGCGCCUCCACGCGGCAAUCCCAGGAGGGCAACCUCGAAUCACUCCAGCGAACACCACAUUGGGACCACCUGGUGCCGAAGUCCACGGCAUUCCGGCCGGUGUACGAGUUGUCUCAGCAGCCCACUCGCUCCAUCGAAACUCCGAAGUUUUUCCCGAGCCAGGCCUCUGGCGCCCAAAGCGUUGGCUUGAUAAUGAAGGUGGUGUGGAUUGUGGUGGCGAGAAAGCUCGAUGGUUUUGGGCGUUCGGUUCUGGCGGAAGAAUGUGUGUCGGAAGCAACCUCGCGGUGCUGGAGAUAAAGAGUACUGUGGCGGCGAUAUGGUCUAACUUUGAGACGACUAUUGAAGAUGACGCUGGCAUGGAGCAUGUGGAUGGUUAUCUGGCCGAGCCGAGAGGCUCUCCACAAGGCAGUUUUCUCCGUUUGCGUUGCGAAAAGAUCUGA